ACCCCGCAGUCGCUCGCCUCCGUAGCGCGAUUAGCCCGCGCUCCCCUAUCCAUUCAAACUGGCAUAAAUCGGUAACAAUUUACCCCGCGUCCCUCAAAACUAAUUGGUUCAUGGAAAACAGAACUUUAUUGGACUUAUGAAAAUGCGAACUUUCGUGAUGGUUACUUUUGUGGGAAGUUCAAAGUGACCGGACCGGGCAUCAUUAUGGGGUGCGCAGUGAGCGAAGUCAAAUCGGCUUUAUGGAUAUCUCUUCUGCAUGGCUUCCUCUUCCUGAUAGCGGGUUCCGGCACAGAAGAUCCUCUGGAUGACACCACCCUGGAUAUAUCGUCCCGUCGCUUCAGGGCAGAGUUUCUCCAGGAAUGGCAGGGGUCUACAGAAGCCCCCUACUUUGACCCCACUACUCCAAGAAACGUAACUGGACUGGUCGGUCACCCGGUGAGACUUUUAUGCAGAGUCAAGAAUUUGCAAAAUCGGACGGUAUCAUGGGUGCGCCACCGCGACAUCCACCUGCUGACGGUGGGCCGCUACACGUACACCUCGGACCAGCGGUUUGAAGCGCAGCACAAGCCGCGCUCCGAAGAGUGGGCGCUCCGCAUACGGAGCCCGCAGCGCCGCGACUCCGGACAGUACGAGUGCCAGAUCUCCACCACGCCGCCCAUUGGUUACGCUGUGUACCUCAAUAUCGUAGAACCAGAAACCACGAUUUCCAGUGGACCAGAACUGUUCCUCCAGGCAGGAUCAACCAUCAACCUCACAUGCACUGUGCGUCACACCCCUGAACCUCCCUCUUCCAUCACCUGGACUCAUGGAGAGCAGGUAUUUUUUUACAAUAUAAUAAACUUCGACUCGGCUCGAGGUGGUAUAUCGCUGGUGACAGAGAAAGGUCUGAAGAGCACAAGUCGGCUUCUAGUGCAAAGAGCUAGGGGCGCUGACGCCGGGUUGUACACUUGUGGACCUAACAACGCCCCUCCUGCCACUACUAGGGUCCACGUAUUGUCCGGCGAGCAUCCAGCAGCGAUGCAGCAAGGAUGCGCAAAAUCGACCCUGGACAAGACAGCAUCGAUGUUAUGCUGCCUCCUAACUGGAUACCUCCUUAGAAAUCCCCUCUACGACCUGCAAUUUGGUACCUGAAUUUAAUAACUCUUAAGUACUUCUAUCACAUUACGUCAAUAUUAAUGUUAAUAUUGAAAUUUGAGGGUAAGAUUGUCCGUACUUUGACUCCUGAGAAGCUACCAAGAUUUGUAAAGGUUGAUUAAUUGGCAGUUUUAGUUUUGAAGGUUGACUUUUGGUCUUACAAAUAACCUCAGAGGUAUCUACUGUUGACGACAGGUCGACAUGGCAAUCGGGGCAUGAGGUGAGCCGCGGAGGCGGGGUCGCCCCGCACACCCGCACAGUCCCCGCGGCGUCUUAGUCUUAGUGUCGCACGAGUCCGUAUCGACCGCGUUUAUCGAUUAUAAUCUCGCUCACAUAAUAUUGAAUUAGAGAUUAACAUUAACACAAAAGAAAAACAAUAGAUUUAAAAGAAAUCUAAUCUAAAUAUUUAUGGUCAAUCAAAAUUAUAAAUAUAGCAAGUAUAUUUUACAUAUACUUGCUAAGAAAUUAUUGAAAACUAAGAAUAUUAUUUUAGAAAUAAAAUUAACGUUAGAUGAUUCAGAUGAAUAAAUAUUAACUUAAAUGAAAACGUGGUAUUAUUUUAUUCACAUUUUGUUACAUACAUAAUAAAAAUAUAUCGAUAUUGAAAACGUCACGUCACUAGAGAAUUGCCAUGUCGACCUGUCGUCUACAUUACACGUCUAAUAGAGUAAGAAGUAUCUAAACUUGCCAAUGGGUUGACUACUACCCCAAACGUCUCCACCAACCUGCAAUUUUGUGUGCUCCAUAUCUCUUCCGAACCCAGCAUCGAGUGAAAUAUGGUGUUUGUAUUAUGUAUUAUAACUAGAUAACAUAAAGUAUAUAUUAUCAAAACGCGUAACAAAGAAAAAAUUACCAGUAAAAGAAAUACAAUAGCGUGACUAAACUUGUGCUGUCAAAAGACGAUCGAUUCCCGUUCCCUCUGUCGAUAUACAUACUUACCUAUACCUACGAACCUGCUCAAUAUGACGUCAUCAAUCAAACGACUGAAAUGGUCGCGGAUAUUUGCGACGUGACGUGACUCGUUAUAAAGUACCUACCUACUACCUAUAUGUGUGUGAGUGAUGUAUACAAUAAUUCACCCGAAUAAAUAUAGUUAUAAUUAUUAUAAUACGUAUAAUAUACGGUCGGUCAUAGGAUGGGUGACCACAAAAAAAAAGUUUUCAUCUCGACCUCCUCCGUGCUUCGGAAGGCACGUUAAGCCGUUGGUCCCGGCUGCAUUAGCAGUCGUGAAUAACCAUCAAUCCGCACUGAGCCCGCGUGAUGGUUUAAGGCCCGAUCUCCCCAUCCAUCCAUAGGGAAGGCCCGUGCCCCAGCAGUGGGGACGUUAAUGGACUGAUGAUGAGUAUACGGUAGUUGAUGAGCCGUGGGAACCCAGUUGGAUGAACGCUUGACUCUGCAUUGGAUUGUUGGAUGAUUGCUUGUUGAGGUCGCAGGUUCGAAUCCAACACAGGCCUAAGCCAAUGAUUGUCGAAUUUUUUUUCGAAUUCAUAUUUGGAUCAUAAAUGAUUAUCACGUGCUCAGCCGUGAAAGAAAACAUUGUGAGGAAACCCACAUUCCGGAGAAAUACAUUUUUGGAGGUAUGUGACCUUAUCUAUAUUGGGCUGGUUUUCCCUUAGCGGGUUGGCAGGUCAGACAGGCAGUCGCUUCUGUAAAAACCGGACCUGUCAAAUCCUCAGGUUAGGUAAGCGGACCCUGUGAGAAAUGGGAUAAUGCGAGAUGAUGAUUACGUUGUUCAAGGGAGUCAAAGUAAAUACUAUAUUAUUGUGUAAGUGUAAAAUGUUUUUAUCAAACCUCUAAUGUAAAUAUUUCACAUCUUAACUCUGUACAUAGUAGGUAUAUUAAUAACAGUUCAACUAAGUAUUUGAAAUGUAAUUUAUAUAAUUAUGUUAAAUUACAAUGUUCAUAAAGUUUGAUCAAAGAUAAAUUAUGAUUCAUUAUGCUUAAUAUAACGUUACUAUGUGACAAAAUGUUGUCAUCAUAAUGUUAUGUUACGAUACGAAUAUUAUAAAUAUAAAAUGUUGGAUGCUAUGAGAAAUAUUCUAAUUGAAUUGCUAAUUUAUUUUAUAAUAAACGACGAAUAUUAAUAUUAAGUUUUGAGAAAAUACCUGUUUUUAUUAAAUGUA